UGUGUCAAUACUUCAUGUAGUUUGGAUUCUGUUUGGUAAACAACUACAAUGAGGGGUCAGAUGUUGGGGAUUUAAUGUUACCAUCUUAUGGUGUGUAUUAUGAUCUUUUUGCAGUGCUGUUAUGGAAAAUGUUGGAUAGGAAAAUAUUCUCCCUUUCUGCUUUUUGAAAGAUAAAAAAUAAUUGCCUGUGGAUCUCUGAUAUGCCAUUAGAUUAGAUCUAGAAGGGACUUUGAAGUCUACAUAUUUCUGGUAUGGGCCAAGACCAUACUGCUUUAUAGAGGGAGGAACCUUUUGGACUGUGUGUGGAUGGUAGGUACCGGUAGGAACUAGGAAGGGCACCUGCAUAACUGUUAAUAAGAAAAGAGAUUAGGCUAAAUAAAUAACCAUAACAGACACAUUGCAAAAAAACAAAGUGGAAAUGUGUCCAUAACAUUGAGCAACAUUAUCCAGCUAGUUUAUGUAAAAUGGGUGGGUGUCACUGUUUUUAAUUUGCUCAUCAAAUCUACACUACAAUCUUAACAGCCCUCCUGAAUACAGAUCAUUGUUCUGGGCAAAUAAUAAUCAUGUAUUCAACUUUUAUGGCGCUAUUCGUGACGUAAAUAAAUAUCAAAGCGUUGUAAAGCAACAACAAAAACGCCGUUUAAAAAGAAACGUAUCAUGAGUAGAUCGACGGUUACUAAGAGGCUGAAGGUUGAGAGAGUUCAUGGCUUGAUUGAGGUCAGCGGAGGGCGUACGUACGCUAUCAAUAGUAUCAGUGUCUGCUUUAUGUGCGUAAACUGCUCUAUGGGCAGUGUGCUGUGGAGACUAAAAGGGUCGGGGAAAGGUUAAGCGUUCAUCCGGGGUCGCCAAUGCCCUGGGGGCUAGUGUGUGUGUGUGUUUAAUCUAGAACCGAAACACGAGGUCUAUGUUGCAUUUUGAUUAUGCACUUUGGUUAGUCACGGAAUACUUUGCACUGUUAGUGUUUACAAUAGUUACUGAGCUUUGUUUUUUACCAAGGACCUGUUGUUGCCAGACAUCUGGACAAGGUUUAGUUUCAGAUGCAGGCUAAAUGGAAAAGUAAUGUUCAGGCUACAUGGUAGUGUUUGAGAGGCAGCUGGAAACAAAGGAUGGCGAAGAAUGGAAAGGGAACAGGCCAGGGGGCAAAUCCAGAUCUGCGUCAUUUUUGGGAUAUGCUGCGCUUUUGGGGUGGUCCAAAGAUUAACCUGUUGUCCACUUUAUAGAAUACACCUUAGCAGACGCGAAAUUCUGCGGUAAAUGUGACAAUACCUUCCUUUAUAACAGCGACAACCCUAAAAACCCAGGGGCAACAGGAUGAACAUGCUUUCGGGGGGCUUUGACUUAUCCCAACAACCAUUGCAAAAGCGGCACAGUUGACUGUCUGCCACAGAAGCAUCGCUCUUGUUUAUGGUGUGCUGCUGCCCUUCACGCCUCUCCGGAGUCUGUAGGUGGAAACCGACAGCAUCUCCAGCUCGAAGCCUGUUUUUAGUGCGCCAGGUUCGAUAAUGGAAGCAACAGAUAUCAUGGAUUUAACACCUCAGAAACCGAGAAAGCACCCGCAUCCAAUCAAUUCCUUGGAUGAGUCCGUAGUACACGCGUCCCUGAAACGAAUCUCAAUGCGAGCAGGAGCGGAAUGCGGGGACGCUCCGUUCAUGUACUCAAGAAGCAACCCCUUACCUGCAGUAUCACUAAAGCAGAAUGAUAAUGCUGUGUCUUCAUCGUCAGCGCAGAAUGAUGACAAGAAUAUUGUCUGGCCAAUCAAAGUCCUGCAAUGUUGCUAUGAUGAAUUCUUCAUUUCAGGAUAACCGUUCCAGCAUGUCCAGGCCAAUGAUCACCAGAUCGCCAGCGUCCCCCCUGAGUAACCAGGGCAUCCCGACACCCGCCCAGCUCACCAAGUCCAACGCCCCUGUGCACAUCGACGUGGGCGGACACAUGUACACCAGCAGUCUGGCCACGUUAACCAAGUACCCAGAGUCCAGAAUCGGCCGUCUCUUUGAUGGCACAGAGCCCAUAGUGUUGGACAGUCUGAAGCAGCACUACUUCAUUGACAGGGACGGACACAUGUUCCGCUACAUCCUCAACUUCCUCAGGACUUCCAAGCUCCUCAUCCCAGACGACUUCAAAGACUAUAGCCUGCUGUACGAGGAGGCCCGGUACUUCCAGCUUCAGCCCUUGCUGGCCGAGCUGGAGCACUGGCGCCAGGAUCGCGACCUGGCCAGGGUGUCACGCCCCUGCGAGUGCCUGGUGGUACGCGUGGCGCCCGACCUGGGAGAGAGGAUAACGCUGAGCGGAGAUAAGGCCCUCAUCGAGGACGUGUUCCCGGAGAUCGGCGACGUCAUGUGCAACUCGGUCAAUGCCGGCUGGAACCACGACUCCACACACGUCAUCCGCUUCCCGCUCAAUGGAUACUGUCAUCUCAACUCUGUCCAGGUGUUGGAGCGUCUGCAGCAGCGUGGCUUUGAGAUCGCCGGCUCCUGCGGUGGAGGCGUCGACUCUUCCCAGUUCAGCGAGUACGUCCUGAGGAGGGAACUGAGGAGGGCGGGCCAGCGAGGAGGGCCUAACUCAAACAGGAUAAAACAGGAGCAGCUGGACUAGAGACCUCCCAGAAACUGGGGGCGCUAGACUCUUUUUUUUUUUUUUUUUUGGUGGCAGCCAAGCGCUCAUCGGGACGCAGCAGAGCUCUGUGGACUCUGAGGCCAUUCUUGCAAACAUUAGAAUAAGUUUUUAAAUGUAUACUUUUUCUUUGUCUCAUAAUGCGCAUCAGCUCAUUAGAAUCAUUGACAAAGUUGCACGUGUUCAAACGCUACAUAUUAGCUUUUCCCAUCAGAGAACCUGACCUAUGCUAACCUAGCCAGCUGGCAGGGAUUGUUUCUUAUAACAAACUCUGCAUCAGCCUAUCAAAGGUCUUACUAUCCACCAACCAAUGACACCAAGGGGGCUCCCGAGUGGCGCAGUGGUCCAAGACACUGCAUCUCAGUACAAGAGGCACUGCAGUACCUGGUUUGAAUCCAGGCUGCAACACAUCAGGCCGUGAUUGGGAGUUCCAUAGGGCGGUGCACAUUUGGCCCAGCAUCGCCCGGGGUAGGCCAGCAUCGCCCGGGGUAGGCCGUCAUUGUAAAUAAAACAUUUGUUCUUAACAGACUUGUCUAGUUAAAUAGAGGUAAAAUACAAAACAUACUUAAAAUAAUACAACUUGGACACCAGAGGGGUAUUUUUAAACCUCUAAGUUGACUUUUAUUCCUCUUGGUCUGUCUCAAGUGUGGAGUGCCAUAUUGCAUGAUGCAUCCUUGACUAGGCUACUAGCUAGGUUAUCUGAUGGGAACAGGUAACAUAUAGCGUUUGAUCACGUGCAACUAUGUCAACGAUUUGAAUUUGCUGAUGUGCAUUUUGAGACCGAGGGGAAAAGUUUCAACUUAAAAGUAUUCUAAUGUACGCAAGUAUGGCACCAUGCAGCGCGUUAUCUUUCUGUUGUUGUUUCUUUGUCGGUAUGUUUUUACAACUCGAGCAGAACCACUGAGAAAGAGAGAAAAUAAGGUGCGACUGGAGAUUUUUGUUGUUGUUGCCGUAAGAGAUGCAGAACAUUUGAUGAGUUCAUAUCUCAAGGACAUUUGUGAAUGUUCAAGCCCCCCCCAAUGAGAGAGAUCAUAUUUCCGCAGGGUCCCCAAGUAAAGUUUGUUUUAAAACUUUGAACCUAUGGUUAGACAUGAUCAAGACCACACAAAAUGUUAAUGGUUUGGCGGCACAUGUAGUGCAAGGCCUCUCACCAGAGAGAUGUGGUUUUUAAUUUACCCGCCUCCACAAAGUCACAUUUUUCUGCCACACUGUAAUGUGUUGCAGGAUCUCCGUUCACAUAACCACCAUUAUUUUGAACCGAAUAGGAUGCAUUCUUCUCCACACUCUUAUUCACACAGGAUGUUUAAGUAAUUGUGAUACAUGCAAAUUAAGUGUUUGUUUUUAAAAUCGAAGUUAGCUUAUUGGAUUUUAUGCUAUGAAAUAAGAGUUCACAGUAUUAUCAAGAUUUUAUGUCAUAGACCAUUCUAUACUCACUACAUGAAAAGGAUGAAGUCGAUUCUAAGAAAUGGCACAGAAUUGCCUCUUUGUUAGGGGACUAAGACUAGAGAACAGAGGUCAUUUAGAGGAUCAUAAGAUCGACCUUGUGACAUACUGUAAAUGAGAUUUGCCAUCGUAUGUGUUUUGAGGUUUUUUUUUAAAUGUUGAAAUGGACACCUUUUUUAAACUGAAUAAUGUUGCCUCAUUAAUGACUGCAUAUGUGAGGCUAUUAUUAUAAGACCCACAUUUUAAGAAUUACUCUUAGGAUAUAUCAAUGAUAUGAAGUUUGAUCAUCGUGAACUAUUUCCAACGCGAUCUACCUACGCUCCCUAGAUUUGAGUAAAGAGGAAUGUAGCACUAAAAUGUGAAAUAAAUCUUCAACCAAAGUUGUA